AUGGACCAACAAUAUGAUUUAGCCAAUGUGGAGCAGCUAUCUGAUGCUCAGGAAAAGGCACUUGCAUUAUUACCACUACCGAGUGUCGUUCUGAGCAUCAUUGGUUCAUCUGUCAUCAUUUACGUGGCGAUCAAUUCCAGGAGGGAACAAAAGUGGACUCCCUAUACGCGGUUGCUCAUUAUGAUGAGUGCAGCCGAUAUAUUAUUCAGUAGUACAAUAGGCGUGGGUGGAUUCUUGCGUCCAAGUGAGACCAGCCCGAGAGCUUGGGCCUUUGGCUCUUCGGCUACCUGUAGUGCAAUCGGGUUCUUGAAUCAAAUUGCCACGAGUGCAGUGCUGUACAAUGCCAUGCUCAGCUGCUACUUCCUCCUUACGGCGAGGUUUAACUUUCGAAACUCCUACAUUGCCAAGAAUGUGGAACCUUGGAUGCACUUUGUCUCCAUUGGUUACCCACUGUUAACCGCAACCAUUGGUGCCGCCGCUGGAGAGUACGGAGAAAUGACAGUCAACGGACUCGUAUGCUGGCUUGUCAAAUUCCCAACCAACUGUGGCUACGGUGAAGGAGAAUCCGGAGAAGAGUGCUUGUCCAAGUUUAUUGGAUGGGUGUUUUACGGCCUUCCAGUCCUCGUUACCUUUGCUUCUAUCAUUACCAACUCGCUCAUCUUGGUGCUCUUUGUGCAAAAGCAAGCAUUGCCGGCACCCAGCAACUACAGCAAGAGGGCCCCCUCCAUGGCUCAAACUGAACGAGAUCAGAACAAACGACUCCGUCUGGUCCGGACUCAAGCUAUUCUCUUUCUGGCAUCCUUUACAGUUUGCAUCUUUUGGACUGGUGUCUUGAACUCUGUGGAAAGCACGGCAGCCUCCAAGGAAGAAGAACUGGCUCUGAUGUGCCGAUGGUUUCCAAUCUCGGUAAUACAGGCCAUCUUUAUGCCCCUCCAAGGGUUCCUGAACAUGUUUGUCUAUCUUCGACCCAAGUACCUCAAGACCCGAAAAGAAUAUCCCUAUGAAUCCAAGUUUUGGUCUUUCAAGAGAUCGGUCUUUGGACAAGAAAUCAAGCCAACAAGAAGCAAUAUUGCAACUCAUCUCAUGACACCUAUACAGGAUGCCAAAGUGGAGAGAGUUGCCAUGAAGAAGAAAAUGUCGGAUAAGCAAAAGAAUGCCAUGGUUGGAGCAUUUGAUAGCAAUGAAGUUGAAUUCUAUGAUGAUAAUGAUUACAAUAACGCCGUCAUCAAAGCCUCCCAUGGACCAAGCUCCAAGAAACUGUCCUCAAAGAAGCUCGCAAAGUAUACCGUGUCGGAUAUGACUGCCAGCGAAGGUGACUUUGAUCAUGUGAUGGACGAAGAUCAAGUAGACGAUCGAUGGGAUACGGAAAAGACAGCCAAAAGACCAAUGACAACUCCGAUAAAACGCAAGUUUCAAUCGAGCAUCAUUGGGGGAUCAAGUUUGGAAGUGAUCAGUGAAAACUCCGAAUGCAAGUUUGAACCCAUCAGUACCCCGCCCCUUCACUCGUUACCAGCUCCACCACCACCUCCCGCCCUCAGCCUCCAAAAUAUGGAAGGUCGAUGGAACGCGGACUGCAAGAACAACAACAGCCAAUCUAGGUCCCCCACGCCCUCACCGGUUGUGAGUUCUGAUGAUGAGUCAUCAACCAGUGAAGAGGAGGAAGAGUCUAAGGAUACUCCCAUCAUGGCACCUUCGCGGCAACGCAGCGAAGAAUUUUCUACGCCAUCUGACAACGACUGUGAAGAUUGUCCCAUCCGGGCACCAUCGCGGCACCUCAGUGACGACUCGCUCACUCAAGCAGGAGAAGAUCCAGACAACUCAGAACCCAUCGAGCCCCUCUAUAAUCCUUUGGCUAGCCCACUGCAAGUACUACAAGAAGUCAGCAACGAUGGUCCAAUCCGAGCACCUGCACGUCACAUGAGCAGUGAAUCAUUGCCUGGGAUGGAGGAGGAAAGCUCCUCUUCGGAUGAGGCACCUGCCUUUGUUGCGAAUGGACCUACUUCAUUGGAUACUACGCCACCACCAGCAUCUACUGUGAAUAGCCCACUGGCGAGUACUAGACCAGCAGUGGAUAGACAACAAGUUGUCGAAAGCCAAAGCCCGGUCAUUCUUCCAUCUCAAAGACCACGGCCGCGUUUGCGUGGACCAGCAUUCUUUACGGCUACAAGACAUUGA